GUUUUAACGAAAGUAAAGAUGGCGACCGAACUGGACCGAGUGCGAAUCUCAGCUGCGGAACUCCGAGCUGAAGCGUCGAAUUCAGUCAAUAUAACUGACUGUCAAAAAGGGGAGCAGCAUGUAAACAAGCAGCAUAAGAAGCGUGACGUAAAGCGUCCUGAUAUGCAGCGCUACCAUCCAGCACCUGGACCAGGCCGGCGCCGCUGUGAAAGUGAGGAGGGCGAAGCCGCUCACGAUCUUCUGUCUGCUGAUUCAUACGAGCCUGAUCAACCCCCACAGAGUGAGAGAAGGAGCGCCUCUGAAAAAGUUACAGAGAGACACGGGUGCACAGAUGGUGGGAUGAAUACCAACCAUAUGGAAGAAGACAGGAUGAGAGGUGAUGGUCAUGGGACUCAGAAUUGUAAAGAGGGGGACCAGACUCAGGCUAAAUCUGAGGCAAAUGCAGGAAAAGGCUGUGUUGAAAAUGACGGCGAACAACAGGAACCAGCAGGAGCGGCGAAGCCGGUGAGGAAGGCUCGCAAACCAGACAGAGAAAUUUACCAACCUGGGAGCCGGAGGAGUGUUCAGGCGAAGGACUGUGGAGUUGGAAGUGAGCAGGAUAAACCUCCCCCUAAGAAGCAUGACCUCAAAACUGAGCCAGAAUCUCAGUUGAUCGCAGGAGACAAAGACGGGAACAAAAAAGGGUUUACACAAAAGCAGGGACGGAAAGACAAAGACGUGAAAGGCAUACAGGAAAAUGUCAAACAGGUGAAACCUAGUGAGGUAAACAAAAAGCUUGGAACCCGAGAAGGGAACAAACCUCCUUUACCCUCCGAUUCCUCUGUGGACAAAGUGUCUGCUAAAGUAGAAAAGCUCAGCAUAAAAGAAAAGGGUAACUCUGAAGGUGAUGUGGAGAAGCUCAGUUCCAGGAGAGGGGAAACAACUGAUAAGAAAGCAAGAGGCCAGGGAGGAGGAACAAAAGAGGAGGAAGAGAAGGAAGGGAAGAAGAGGGAAAGGGGAAACCGUAGAAGAAGAGGGGGGGAGAAGGAAAAAGAGAGGAAUCCAGAUGCCAGCAGAGCAGAGAACGACGUGGGUUGUGGAGGAAAGAGGGACAGAGAGAAAGCUGAAAAAGAAAGAGACAGGAGAGCACCGGAGGCUGAUAAAGAUAACAAACCGGGUAAACCAGGAGAGAUGCACCAAAGCAAAGGAAGAGAGAAUCGCAGAGAAAACAGGAGAGGUGACAACAACAACAACCGGUCUAGAGACGCCGAGAAAGAUGCUAGGACACAAAGAAACGUAGACAAGGUUGGAGAGAGAGGAGACAGAAACAAACCCAGUGCAAACAUCACAACACCAACUUCAAAACGCUACUCCAAAUCAGAUAUUCGGCGCUCAAGAAACCGAACCUACAGCAGUAGCUCAGCCAGCAGCGUCACCAGCCUGGACGGCCCCGGGCGAGGGAUUGAGGUGGAGAGCACCAAGUGGCUUCGCUUGGAGUCGAGGCUGAACAACAAAGAGAGCACGGCUCAUAGCGGAGAAGGACGGAGGAGUCAUCUGCAAAGCUGGACAGCCAACGGGGAGUCUUCUACUGAGUCACUUGAAGGGAGUGAGUCCAGUGACGUAGCAGAAGAUCGAAGGAGGAGAAGAAGAGUUGGGGAGGUAGAGCCGGGUUCAGAGAGGCGAAGGGAAGACAGGAAUAGAACAAAAGGAAGCAGAGGUGGAUGUAGAGGAAUCCUCAGGGUGACUAUCGAAAAACCGUCGGGUACCCCGUCACGUGGUGGUUUGGCGCAUCAAAGCUCGGCUCCACGCGGCAGAGGUGGGGGCAUCCUGGUGCUUCCAACCCGAACGGAUGUGUCUAACCCACCUGAGGUCGGGCAGAGGCUUCUUUUCGGUGGAAUAAGAGGAGGAGCGGCCGGGAGGAGUAGAGGGGGCAGAGGAGGAGGAGUGAGACGCCUCUGGGAUCCGAAUAAUCCUGACCAGAAACCUGCUCUCACUGGCACCCAGUCCUCUCAGCACUCAUCCCACCAACAGCCGGUUUAUCUUCAGACAGGGACUGGAUAUGGACAGCUUCACUUUCUGGACACAGAUGAUGAGGUUGCUGGGAGUCCUCCGGUUCCACAAGGAGAGAACUUUCGGACCCAAGCUGCUGCUAUGGCCUACUACAAAUUUCAGAAAUCUGACAACCCUUACUUUUACCCCGUGCCCACCAGCAGCCCACAUAACCCUGGGAACCCCACCAGCCAGCGGCAUCCUUAUCCUUAUCAUAUGGGGGCCUAUCAAAUGAGUCCCACUAAUGGUUUGUACUCGGGCCCUGGUGCUGGACAGUACUCUGGAAGUUACAAGGGUGCAGGUUAUUCCCCGACAGCCUCAGGAGCUGGUUUGAGUUCAGAAGAGGCAGAGCAACAAGCCAGGGGGGAGAUGGGGAGGCUGCUGAGGGCUGCAGAUACACAGGAGCAGCAGCUCAGCAACCUGCUGUCCAGGGACAGAGUGAGUGCAGACGGACUGGAUCGCAUGGCCCAGUUCAGAGCUGACCUUCUGGGGCUGUACGAGCAGGUCAUCCUGACAGACAUCGAGUUCUCAGACUCUCAGAAUGUGGAUCAAGCUUUGUGGAAGAAUGUCUUCUACCAGGUCAUCGAGCGCUUCAGGCAGCUGCUCAAAGAUCCCGCUUUUGACAACACUCCCCACAUCAGGAACAUGCUGCUUACGCUGCUUGAUGAGGGGGCUCUGUUCUUUGAUGCACUGCUUCUGAAGCUGCAGACAGUCUACCAGUUUAAGUUGGAGGAUUACAUGGAUGGCAUGGCCAUCAGAGCUCGACCUUUACGCAAAACGGUGAAGUAUGCACUCAUCAGUGCUCAGCGCUGCAUGAUAUGUCAGGGGGACAUCGCACGUUACAGGGAGCAAGCCAGCGAGUCGGCCAACUACGGAAAGGCUCGGAGCUGGUACCUGAAAGCCCAGCAGAUCGCCCCCAAAAAUGGACGACCAUACAACCAGCUGGCCCUGUUGGCCUUCUAUACAAAGCGGAAGUUGGAUGCUGUGUAUUAUUACAUGCGCAGCCUGGCAGCUUCCAACCCCAUCCUGACUGCGAAAGAGAGUCUGAUGAGUCUGUUCGAGGAAGCCAAGCGGAAGACAGAGCAGCUGCAGCGCAGGAGGAGGCAGGAGCAUGAAGGAGGCUCCAGGGGUCCUGCUGUAAGAGGAAGAGGAAGAGGGGAAGAUGGAGCACGUGUGGAGAUUUGGAUUCGUCCCAGUGGACAAGCUUCCACCCUGUCAUCCUCACAGAGAGGAGGCAGCGAGUCCAGCAGAGACUCUGAACAGGACGGAGAGCUGGGCAGUCUCAGCGCUAGUGAUCUAAAUAAAAGGUUCAUACUGAGUUUCUUGCAUGCGCACGGAAAGCUCUUCACCAAAGUGGGCAUGGAGUCCUUCCCUGAAGUGGCGAGUCGUGUUCUGCAGGAGUUCAGGACGCUGCUUCAGCACGGACCUUCCCUACUGGGCAGCACACACAUGCUGCAGAUCAUUACCAUCAACAUGUUCACCAUACACAAUGCCAACAGCAGAGGUGAAGAAGGAGAAGUGAGGUCCGUUUUGCAGGAGCAGAGCACGGCCCUGGGUCUGGGGAUGUUUGCUCUGCUGGUGCAGCGCUGCACCGAGCUGCUCAGAGACACUCCUGCAGAACCGGCUACUCCAGCAGAUGGUGAGGAGGAGGGUAAAGGGGAGGAGAUGGAGGGUAUGGUGCGGGUCUCUGCCUUCCCAUUGGACCUAAGGGAACUUCUGCCGAGCAUUAAAGUCUGGUCCGACUGGAUGUUGUUACACCCUGAGCUUUGGAACCCACCUCCAUCAUCCAGAAUAGAUGGCUGCUCUGAUGUUUGGCAGUGCCUGGCUGACCUGUGCAACCUGCUGGCAUGCGUGGACCACGGCGAAGUGCCGCUCUUCAAAGCCGACACUGAUGAAAGCGAGGGAGAUGAGGAGUUGACUGUGCUGCAACUGAAAGAGGAUAGGCUGCUUGCUGGUUUUGUGCCGCUGCUGGCUGCACCACAGGAGCCCUGUUACACGGACAGACACACUGAGAUUGCCAUAGCAGCAGAUUGUAAGAGGGUCACAGUGCUUAAGUACUUUCUGGAGGCUUUGUGUGGACAGGAAGAGCCUCUGUUGGCCUUCAAGGGGGGCAAAUACAUCUCUGUGGCUACUCUCCCAUCCCCAAAAAACUCCACAGAUACAAGGAGCAGGCUGGAUUCUCUCACAGAGAAAGAGGCUGAUGAUGUGAUAGUGGAGGCCGAGUCCUCUCUCUCUGCAUCAGAAGAAGACGAUGAUGCCGAUGAGGCCGGAGACAGCGAGAAUGACAUCAGGCAGCUGAAGGCUCGACGUCACGCCCUGGCUAACAAACUGGCACAGCAACAGAAACGUAGAGAUACAAUACAGGCAGUGCUGCAGACCAGCGGGCAGCUGGAGCUGGAAGUGAGGCCUCUCUUCUUGGUUCCAGACACAAACGGAUUCAUUGAUCACUUGGGAUGGCUGAAGAAACUCCUCCAGUGUGGAACGUACAUCAUCGUGGUUCCUCUUGUUGUGAUCACCGAGCUGGAUGGCUUGGCGAAGGGCCAGGACAACUACGGUGGUGGAAUGGGGUCGGGAGGUCGAAGCACCGGCAGUCGUAGCAACUGUAACGUCAGUGCGAACCACGUGCAGGCAGUGCAGGAGAAGGCUCGGAUGGCGGUGGCGUUCCUGGAGAAAGGAUUCGAAGCGAGGGAACCGUACCUCAGAGCCCUGACGAGCAGAGGAAACCAGCUCGAGUCGAUUGCCUUCCGCAGCGAGGACACAACUGGACAGCAGGGUAACAAUGAUGACGUGAUUCUGUCCUGCUGUCUCCACUACUGCAAAGACAAAGCCAAAGACUUCAUGCCUCAUCAGAGAAACGGGACUGUGAAGCUCUUCAGGGAGGUGGUUCUCCUCACAGACGACCGAAACCUGCGCGUCAAAGCUCUGACCCGCAAUGUCCCGGUCCGAGACAUCCCCGCCUUCCUCAGCUGGGCCAAAGUGGGCUGAACCAGGCUAUGCUGGAAUCAAAGGAACCCAACUGCUGAAGCCUGCUUGCCACUCAGCCAGGGGAGAAGACACACUUUGGGGGAGAAUAAGAAAGAGAGAUGACAGGGGAGAGGCAGUGAUUAAGCCGAGAACCACCUCUUAUGGAAUAUAAGUAAAUGAAGUGACAGCAAGGUGGAUUCAUUUAGCUUAUCCCCCCCCCUGUGAUGGAGUGUGUGUGUGUAUGUAUGUGUUAAGAUCAGAGAGCUUCCCCAGAAAGAGAGACAGGGAGACUUGACGAGUCUCUGGAAGGCUGGAUUAGGAGGUAAUAAGGAGGUAGUAAAGGAGUGAUUUGAUUUGUAAGUUGUCCGGUCCAGCCUCCAGCCUCUGCUCCUAGUUAGUGAGUGUACUCAGCAAGGCAGUAUUCAAAUUUGAGGCUAAUGAUAGAGUGAGGCCGAGAGAGGAAGAGUGUUUGUGGUCAUUUAAUUGAUUAAAGAGAGCAGUAAUGAGGUCACAAGUGGCACUUCCACACUUCUCUUGAGGGCACAGUCACGGGCUGCUUUGGUCUCUACAGUGGAGACGAGAGGGAGGACGGGGAGAGAGAGAGGCGCAGCUGGAGAGGUUGUCGGUGGAGUAAAAAGGUGUCUGAGGUGUCUGAGUGUAGUGAGGGUCACUUAAAAAGCCCACUUGUAACUUCAGCACCUCCCAAGACCAGGCGCGUCGGUUUGAUGUUUCCUGCAAACCUAGAACAUGUCUGAUGAUUUGAUAACUCGGGUUGUUCCUCCAGCUUGAUAUUAGGAUUAGAGGUUGAAAGGAAAUUAUCUUUAAGAGUUAACAAAACAAAAACACGGCUUUGGUUUGUUUUCCUGACGCUUUCACGUGUUUUUAGCUGGAAAGAGUUUCUUUAUUUCUUGGAGUUUGGGCUUUUGAUAAUAAGCAUCCGCAGAGUUUCUCUUGAAACAUGAAAAUCUCAAUCCACUUCAGUCGUUUUUUAUUUUAUCUAUAGUUUUUUUCCUGCAUAAUUAAAAGAUUGGCUUCAGUAAAACAACAUUUCCUUUUUAAUUAGACCUGGAGGAAGAUGUAUUUGUAAAAAGAGAGUUCCUGAAUGCUCAUAAUCUUACAAAUUAAGACUUCAAUCCAUUGUUUUUUAGGGGAGUUGUUAGACUGACAUCCCACUCAUCUCAUUCACAAAUAAGGAACAAUAAGCAGUGGAUCCUAUAAGGGUAACAUCUACUUUAGACUGACAUGUUAGUAGGAGAUGGUUGAAUUCUGCAGAUAGCAUAUUAUCAAGUCCUGCUGGUGACUUCUUCACUUCAUCUUUACUCUCAUAUCUGCCUUUUUGUGCUUUUCAGAUUUAACACAAAUAAAACAGGUCUAUGGUUUGUUUUCCUGACGCUUUCACGUGUUUUUAGCUUGAAAGAGUUUUGGACUUUGGGCUUUUAAUAAUAAGCAUCUGCAGGUUUUUUCUUGGAACAUGAAAAUCUUAAUUCAAUUCAGUCGUUUUCAGUUUAACUCAGAUUUUUUAAGCAUAAUGGAAAGAUUGGCUUCAGUAGAACAACAUAUCCCCUUUCAAUUAGAUCUGGAUGCAGAUGUAUUUGUAAAAAGUGAGUAUCUGAAAUGCUCAUAAUCUUACAAAUUAUGACUUAAAUCCAUUGGGGUUUUUUUUGUGGGCAUGUUUGGUGACAUCCUACCAAUCUCACUCACAAAUAAGGAACAAUAAGUAGUGGAUCCUAUAAGGGUAACAACUUCUUUAGACUGACAUCUAAUUAGGAGAUGGUUGAAUUCUGCAGAUAGCAUAUUAUCAAGUCCUGCUGGUGACUUCUUCACUUCAUCUUUACACUCAUAUCUGUCUUUUUGUGCUUUUCAGACAAAAAAAGAAAAAAAUAGGUCUAUGGUUUGUUUUCCUGACGCUUUCACGUGUUUUUAGCUUGAAAGAGUUUUGGACUUUGGGCUUUUGAUAAUAAGCAUCUGCAGGGUUUUUCUUGGAACAUGAAAAUCUUAACUCAAUUCAGUCGUUUUCAGUUUAACUCAUAGAUUUUUUAAGCAUGAUAGAAAGAUUGGCUUCAGUAGAACAACAUAUCCCCUUUCAAUCAGAUCUGGAGGCAGAUGUAUUUGUAAAAAGGGAGUUCCUGAAUGCUCAUAAUCUUACAAAUUAAGACUUUAAUCCAUUGUAUUUUGGAGGGGUUGUUAGACUGAUAUCCCACUCAUCUCAUUCACAAAUAAGGAACAAUAAGUAGCUAAUACUGUAAGGGUGACAUCUACUUUACAACAUAUCCCCUUCAACCAGAUCUGGAGGAUGAUAUAUUUGUGAAAAGUGAGUUUCUGAAUGCUAAUAGUCGUACAAAUUAUGACUUUAAUCCAUUGUUUUUUCUGUGGGCAUGUUUAGUGACAUCCUACCAAUCUCACUCGCAAAUAAGGAACAAUAAGUAGUGGAUCCUAUAAGGGUAACAACUUCUUUAGACUGACAUCUGAUUAGGAGAUGGUUGAAUUCUGCAGAUAGCAUCUUAUCAAGUCCUGCUAGUGACUUCUGCCCUUCAUCUUUACAUUCAUAUCUGUCUUUUUGUGCUUUUCAGACAAAAAAAACAAAUCUUUGGUUUGUUUUUCUGACGCUUUCACAUGUUUUUAGCUUGAAAGAGUUUCAUUAUUUUGUGGACUUUGGGGUUUUGAUAAUAAGCAUCUGCAGGGUUUUUCUUGAAACAUGAAAAUCUUAAUUCAGUCGUUUUCAUUUUUUAUUAGCAUGGGGGAAAGAUUAGCUUCAGCAAAACAACAUUUCUCCUUUAAUCAGAUCUGGAGGAAGAUGUAUUUGGAAAAAGUGAGUUUCUGAAAUGCUCAUAGUCGUACAAAUUAAGACUUUAAUCCAUUGUUGUUUUUGUGGGCAUGCUAAGUGACAUCUCACUCACCUCAUUCACAAAUAAGGAACAAUAAGUAGUGGAUCCUAUAAGGGUAACAUCUACUUUAGACUGACAUGUGAUUAGGAGAUGGUUGAAUUCUGCAGAUAGCAUCUUAUCAAGUCCUGCUGGUGACUUCUUCACUUCAUCUUUACACUCAUAUCUGUCUUUGUGCUUUUCAGAUAACACCGCCACAAGAACAGUUUACCUUUUAUAAUCGUUUCUAUCACCAAGAUCUGUUUUAUUUUCAGUGUCACUGUUCUUGUGUUCUAGGUAUCACACCGACUGAUCCAUCAGUUCAGUUCAGCUUUGAGGUCCACAGCUAUAAAUCACAAUCAUUCAUAUUUUAGCUAGCUCAAGCAUCAUUUCCAAAAUGAAACACAUGCGUAGUUUUUGUAUUUGAUGUUUUGCUUGCUCUGCUUUGCUUUUGGAGACACUUCCAUGAUAUUCUGACUUCGCUCAGAUUGAUGCGUCUGUGUGCAUUAGUGUCCGGGACUCAUGAUAUGUCUAUUAAUCACAAUAACACGGUCUGUAAACGUAGUUACCUUGCUUACCUCGUCCCUAACUGCUUCAGCUAGGAUUAUUCAGCUCCCAUCAGCUGUUGAUGUUUGUGUAAUUGUGUAAACAGACAAGUUCCCAUGUUUUUCCAGCUCUUCUGUGCUGCUGUUAACUGUAGUGUUCAGUGAAAUCUGCUGUAUUGAGCUGUUGCUGUUGUGUUGUAGUGUCAGAGCAAAUGUAGUAGAAACACGACCAGCUUCACACAACUUCACUUUUUCAUCUUCCACCAAUAAAGAUGUUUUAAGCUGUU